UGGUUUCACAUUUUUCAUCUCACUCGAAACCAAAGGACGACUCUCUUUGCUUUUGAAAAAGAGUCGACGUGCUCUCACCUCGACGUUGGCAGUAUGUCUAGUAUAGCGGAGUACUUCAAGCGAGAAGGAGGUGAUGGCCACAGGUGUGGAUACUGCAAAAACCCGAAGGGAUCAAUCUCUGACGGAAUGUGGCUGCAUCAACUGACCUCUGCUGAUUACCAGGGCCUCCUCGACAGAGGCUGGCGCAGGAGUGGCCAGUACUUGUACAAGAUGGACAUGCGCAAGACGUGUUGCCCUGCCUACACGAUCAAGUGUGAUGCUGUCAACUUCAAGCUCUCGCAGUCUCAGAAGAAAGUGUUGAAGACGAUGACGAAGUUUCUAACUACCCCUGCUGACACCACGCCGGCUCCCGCAGCUACGUCAGCUGCAGCAUCAGCGUCCUCGUCAUCUGCGAGUGGCAGUGGCGAUGGAAGUGGAACUUGUAGCGCUACUUCUGCUGCUAGACAUGGCUCAGAAGCGACUGUUUGCCCUGGCCAUACUGAGCAGCGUCCUGUUCCACGUUCUGGUUCUGGUGCUGAUCCAACCAAACCUCCGUGCCGAAAGGCAAAGGACCUGCGACGAGAGCGCAAAGCAAUGAAGGCCUCCGCCUCUGCUGGCGACGCUGCUGCUAAUCCGGGCGGUGGCAAUGCGGCAAAGGCGACUGUCAGCCACUCAGCAAGUGUCGAUAGUGUCAUGUCUUGCUCAUCUCCAACUACAGCCGGCAAGACACAAGCAGCCGGCAAGACACUAGAAGAGUUUGCAGUCGAGACCAUACCCGGGCAGGAACCUGUGCAUCGGCUCACUACCGCGCUAGUGCCGAGCGGCGCUUCACACCCGGUGUUCAAAGCCACGCGCGAUGAGUCCUUUGCUCUCUAUUGCAAGUAUCAGGCACGCGUGCACGAUGAUAAACCGGAAGACCUGACGCUGAAGAAGUGGGAGCGCUUUCUAGUCACCACGCCCUUGACCCGGAAGAGUGCCGCUGACGGUAUAGAGUAUGGAUCGUUUCAUCGCCACUACUACCUUGAUGGUAAACUGAUUGCCGUUGGAGUCAUUGACAUCUUGCCCAACGCUCUGUCAUCUGUGUACGCGUACUAUGAUCCGGAUAUGCCGCAUCUCUCGCUUGGCACCUACACCGCGCUCAGGGAGGUGAUGUACACACGUGAGCUGCACAGGUCACUGCCUGAGCUGCAGUCCUACUAUAUGGGAUUCUACAUCCACAACUGCGUCAAGAUGCGCUACAAGGGCAAUUACACCCCGUCUUAUCUGCUGUGCCCGGAGAGACAGACAUGGGUGCCGAUCGAAGACUGCAAACCCAGACUGGAUGUGGCUAAGUACUCUCGCUUGGAUGCGUCUUCUGGCACUGGGUCAGUAGAUGCAGCCGAUGGGAGUGCUGAUGAACCUGACCUUCAGGAGCUGCGUGUGCUGAUUCCCGAUCAGGGAGUACUCCCAUACCCGCUCUACGAGCAGAUAGCUGGCACGAAGAAGAGGGCUGAAGUGCGAGAGUAUCACGCUCUAGUCGGUGACAGCCUGGCGCAGCGCAUUCUCCUGGUCCUGCAGCUAUAAAGCAGCCCCCCUCUCCCCUCCCUCUCUCUCUCUCUCUCUCUCUCUCUCUCUCUCUCUCUCUCUCUCUCUCUCCCGCUUCUUUUCAUUUCUUUCUCACACGUAGACACUCCAUCCCCAUGUGCGAUUUAUUCUUAUAACAUGUGUUUUGUGUUGUUUUGUUUUAUUUUGCCUUGAAACUGUAUGCCCGUGCUGAUCUGUUUUCAACUCAUGCUGCUGGACAGCUGCUGCUGCUGCUUGUUUCUUGUUUUGUUUUUGUAAUUCUCACCUCACGUUUUGCCAGGCUAUUUUCUUUUCUUCUUGCAAUUUGCUCUCCGACCUGGUCAGCUGCAUCGUUUCGAUGUGACUGGAUUGAGUGCAUGCAACUGCUAAUGCUACUGCUCUCUGGUGCUCUGCGUGCCGGAGUUGUUAACGUACACUGUGCAAUGCAUGCACUGCUGCUGCUGUCGUGUACUCUGCACGCCAGACUUGUAGACAUGACUCGUGUUCACUGUACAGCUGGCA